AUGCACGUCUACCACCCCCCUUGCCCUGACAUACUCACAAUUCUGGCCAUCUGCAUACCUCCAAUAAUCGCCCUCAUAAUCUAUGAAAACGAGCAAGCGAAGCUCCGUGCGGAGGAACCCAAGGGAUGUCGGAAACUUGGCCUGAAAAUCGAGAGCAAUCUACUCAAUGAGUUCGACAAGAAGUUCUCUGAAGGACGACCCCCGAGCACUGAGGAGACGUCUGCAGAGUGGUGGAGGUUGAAAAGCUUGUGGAUCUACCCGGUGAAAAGCUGCAAAGGUGUGGAGCUGAAUAGGGGGGCGGUGAUCUCAACGGGAAUGGAAUACGACCGCCAAUUUACGUUUGCUCAAUUGAAGAGCCCCGUCCCCGUCACUUCAAAUACCCCGGAUAAAGAGAAGGCUGCACACAAGUGGUCGUUCAUCACGCAGCGACAGUACCCUUUGUUGGCACGGGUGAGAACUGAGAUGUGGGUUCCGGAUCAGAGCGUGGAUACCUAUACUCCCCAUGGGGACGACGUUGAGAGUGGAGGUGUGGUCAUUAUGAGUUUCCCAUACCAGGAGCCGGGUUGGAGAGGUACUGUGGCCAAGUGGGGUGCUUCAGUCAUGGGAAAGGUGCCAGAGAAGCAUUUCAGAGUGCCAUUCGACCCUUCCCCUGUCCAGAUUGAGAAGGCAGGCUACUCGUACGAGAACAUGACUAUCUGGAAGGAAACGGUCAGCGCCCUGAACUUGGAGAUUGACAUUCCCGAGGAGCUCAGAUAUUAUUUGGGUAUUAGCAACAAAUUGGGCUUGUUCAGAAUCGACAACGCAAAGUUACGGGAAGUACACCGGAAUGCGCCUAAGAAGUCUGAGCUGGGAUACCAGCCAGUGACUGGAUUCCAAGAUGCUUAUCCACUCCACCUCAUCAACUUGGCAAGCGUUCGCGACGUAGAGCGCCAAAUGCCCGCCGUCAAAGGUGCUCCCCGUCUCUCAGCUGCGCGCUUCCGUGCCAACCUGAUCAUCACUGGCCCCGACGCCUACCUCGAAGACACCUGGCGCCGGAUCAAAAUCGGCUACUACGAAUACGAUGUCUCCGCCCGCACCGCCCGUUGCAAGAUGCCAAACGUAGACCAAGUCACAGGAGAACGACACCCUAGCGAGCCCGAUAGAACGUUAAGGAGUUUCAGGUCAAUCGAUGAGGGAGCGGGACCUAACGUUGGAUGCUUAGGCAUGCAAAUGGUUCCUAUUUCAGUAGAGAGCGCGCUGAGGGUUGGAGACGAGGUCACGGUUUUGGAGACCGGAGAGCAUCACUACAUUCACCAAUGA